AUGGAUUCUCACGGAAGGAAGGUUAUAGUCGUAGACAAUGGAUCAGGAGUAUGAUCUUCUUUUUCGUUGUACAUAUUUUAUCUUUCGUUUAAGUUCGUCAAAUGCGGCUACGCUGGAACCAAUUUUCCUGCGCAUAUUUUUCCAUCUAUGGUCGGUCGCCCAAUCGUUCGUUCAACUCAACGAGUAGGAAACAUUGAAAUAAAGGUUUCGCUUUCAACUGAAAUCAGAAAAAAUAGAUGAACGAAUUUCAAGGACUUGAUGGUGGGAGAAGAAUGUUCACAACUUCGCCAAAUGCUGGACGUUAGCUAUCCGAUGGACAAUGGAAUCGUACGAAACUGGGACGACAUGGCACAUGUUUGGGAUCACACUUUCGGCCCUGAAAAACUAGACAUCGAUCCAAAGGUUUUUAUUUAAAUUGAUGAAGCUCACAAUUUCAACAUUACCAUCGAUAAAAGUUGAUAAAAAUAUUUUGUUAACAGGACUGCAAAUUGCUGUUAACUGAACCUCCACUCAAUCCAAACAGCAAUAGAGAACGCCUUUUCCAGGUUUUUCUAAAAUUUAAUUCAUGCUGAAUAUAGAAAGAGUUUUUCAGGUGAUGUUCGAACAGUACGGCUUCCAUUCGAUCUACGUAGCUGUGCAGGUUUAUUUUCGUAUAAAAUUCGUGGAUCCUGUAUAUUUUUUUUACUUAUGUUUUUGUAACAGAGUGAAAAAAUAACGCUUUUAUAAAAAAUGUCUGCAACAAGAAACAGAUUGCACUGUGUCUGAAGAAUUGUUCGGAUUUCAGGCUGUUCUGACACUUUACGCUCAAGGUCUUCUGACAGGCGUCGUCGUCGAUUCCGGAGACGGCGUCACUCACAUUUGUCCCGUUUAUGACGGCUUCGCUCUGUCUCACUUGACGCGGCGCCUCGACAUUGCCGGAAGAGACAUCACCAAGUAUCUUAUCAAGGUUCUGCACUUUUUGUUUUGAAGAUUUCUGAGAAGAAAAAAAACGACGCAAUGCUAUCGAGAAAAGAUUGAAUAUAUGCGUCGACUAGAAUAAUGUUUACUGAGUCGUUUCCAAAACGGAAAUUGUUCUUAUAGGAACGUAUUUCGUUCUAAAAUUGAUUUAGACCGGUUUGCUCUAUUAGGAAAAAAGUUUCGUUUUAGGAUGUUUUUUUUUUCACAGUAAGCCGGAAAGUCGGCGGAGCUUAGCAAUACCUGUUUCUAAAUAUUCAAGAGGUUGUUCUCUAUUUAGGAGAACUCUCAGGAACAAAGAUGAAAUUUUUGUGCUAAAGGUUCGUCGAAAAUCUAGGAGAGCUUGUGUGUAACACUUCUAAAAAAAGUCAAAAAGUGAGAACAUUUUUUUAUCUAGCAAAUUUCAGCUCUCAUUCCUUUUUCUUUUAAAAAUUUUUUCAGAAAUUGACCAGAAACAAAUUUUUCUCAUUAGAAAGUUACCUGAUUGAACUUGUGUAGUGAAAAAACUGAAUCCGUAAAAAGACCCUUUUGGUAAAGAGAAAUACAAAAAUAUUUGUAGCUUCUGCUCCUCCGAGGCUACAAUUUCAACCACUCGGCAGACUUCGAGACAGUCCGGCAAAUGAAGGAGAAGCUGUGUUACGUGGCCUACGACGUCGAGCAGGAACAGCGUCUCGCUCUCGAGACCACCGUUCUUUCGCAGCAAUACACGGUAGGUACCUUUGAUGAGGCAUCAGGUUCCCGGCAAGUAUUUGAAAUUUGACCUUAAUGACGUCAUUUUAUGUACAUCAAAGCUGAUGUGAUGAUUUUGAUUAUCCCUUUGAAAUUUGUAACUUCGUUAAACGUAGAGAGAAGUUUGUGACUGAAAAGUCGCGUCGAUUGCGAAGCUAACCAUUAUGUUUAUCUCUCUACUCAUCAAAAAGGCGAAAGUCUGCCCGAGAAAAGCUAAAGUUACACUGCUUAAAUUAAGAACCCUAUUUCGGCUGAGGAAAAUUUCUCGAUGAAAAUCUCAUUGAAGCUAAGUUUAUCUUGUGCGAGAAGAGCUUCAUAUGAAAUCUCUUUUUUUAUUGAAAUCAAGUUGAAUUUUGACGGAACCAUAAUUUGAAUCAUCCUCUGCGAAGAAAAACUCCAAAACCGUUUUUGUUUUCAUUUCAUUGUACUUCAAAGAUUCUUCUCUUUUCAGCUGCCCGAUGGCCGUGUGAUUCGGCUAGGUGGAGAGCGCUUCGAGGCACCCGAAAUUCUUUUCCAGGUAAUUUCAGCACCUUGAAUCGAAAAUCGUCAUAUUGACUUCAGCCUCAUCUCAUCAACGUAGAGAAGGCGGGACUGAGCGAGCUCCUCUUCGGCUGCAUCCAGUCGAGCGAUAUCGGUACCUCGCAGCUGCUCCAGCUCCCUUAUCGAGCCUUUCAGACACCCGUCUCGACUUCUACAAACACAUCGUGCUGUCUGGCGGCACCACCAUGUAUCCGGGCCUGCCGAGCCGUCUCGAGAAAGAACUCAAGCAGCUCUACGUCGACAGGGUCCUGAAGGGAAAUACCGAGCAGUUCCAGGCACGUCUCGAACCUUUUGCGCUGGUCUUGUCGUUGCGUCGUUCCAUGUUGACGCUGGGUCUUAGACGCCUGGGUCAACUGCGCUUUUAUGCCUCAUUCUUUUGUUUGUAUCGUAUCUCUCCUUUAACAAACACGGAGCUGCCAAGUCUUCGAAUAUGUGUUUUUUUAUUUUGUAAUUGUUCUUCACGAAAUUUGUGAGAUUUGUAUAGGUUUUUGGAAUAAUUUCACACUAAAAAUAGGGAUGAUUUAGUGCGAAAUCUUAGGGAAAACUAGUUAUCCUCAAAAAAAAGCUUAUAAUCACCUUUUUAGAGAUAUCAUAUAUUAUAUUUAACCAUAUAAAAGGCGUCGAACCAAUCUACUUGUAAACAAUAUUUUUUAGCAAAUUUAAAAGUUUUUUUUCACUUUCUUCAUAAAUUUUUAAAAAUUAGACUCAUCCAUUUGGAUAAUUGUGAAAAAAAUUGGAAACGUUCAGUGAAAUUCGUUCAAAUUUCGAAAGGAUGCACGAGCGAGAGAACGUUUCAACUUGUUUUCCAAUAGUUAUGGAAUCCGUUUCUCCAGGUUGACAUGUCUGAACUCUAGGACCACAAUUUGGAUUUGAACCUUAAGAAAAUAUGAAACAAAAUCUGAGCCACCGCUGUUUUUCUGACUCUUUGUGAAUUUUGGAAAAAUGAGGAUGUAUUGAACAGUUCUGUUGCUAUUAAAUGCUAGGUACAUUUCUGAGAAGCUUUUCACCUCUAACUGCCACUUUCGCAGGUGCGCAGUUUCUGUCUGCUGGAGACAUUUUCGCGGCCUCGCGAUUUGCAUUCGCAAAUAAUCCUGCGCUCAGUCGCCCAUGAAGUGUGUGUUAACUUUUGACGCCGUGGGUGGUCUAUAAAAGUAAACGUGCUUUGGCGUUAAGGAAUUCGAACACAUCUUUUUUUACUAAGUUUGGCCGAGUGACCUUGUGAAAUUCGAAAGCAGACAAGAACAUUGUUUUUCAGAAGUUCAAAAUUCGAAUCGAGUCUUCGCCCAGCCGCAAACACAUGGUCUUCAUUGGAGGAGCAGUCUUGGCUAAUCUGAUGAAGGACCGUGACCAAGUAAGAUUCCAAAGAACUACUUGAGAACUUGCAGAACAAUCAUAUUGGACUUCAUUUGCAUUUCUUUCAGGAUUUCUGGGUCUCUAAAAAGGAAUACGAAGAGGGCGGAAUCUCUAGGUGUAUGCAGAAGUUAGGCAUUAAGUAA